AAGAAGGUGAGAGAGAGAGAGGGAUUAAAACCCAAACCAAACCAAAGCCGAGGGCGAGCACUCGAGGAGCCAAGCCUCUUCUCUCUCUCGUUUCGUCUCGUACUCUUGCUUCCCCCUCAAUUCCCCCCCUCCUCGGACCCCCGCGUCGCCGAAUUGGGCGCCUGAUUCGGCGUCCCCCCGCCGCGCCGCGGCCGGAUCGAGGCGCCGGAGGGUGCCGCUCCGGUUUGCUCCUGGGGUGGCGGUUGUGGGGGGUGUGAAGGAGCGGAGGUGGGGGGUGGAGUGGAGGGGGGAGGCUGCGUGGGGGCGGUUGCGGUGGCGAGGGGGUAGGGGUGCUCGGCCGCGCGAUCUGCUGAUCCGGGACAUGCGUGAGGCGGGAGUGUUGUAGCAAGAGCCAUUCCGCUGGAUUUUGUAUAUUUUUGAGGGGGGGUGUUGGAAUUGGAAUGGGCCAUAACGGUUCUAAGCGGAGUCCGGUGCCUGAGACCAAAGACGGAGCGAUGAAGGAUUUGGAGAAGUCUACCUCCUUGGAGGUGGACGACUCUACCAUUGAUGGUGAUGUGGAUCUUGGUGGAGGGCUCACUGUGGUGGGGAGGAAGAGGAAAGAUGGAAGGGGUUCCGUGGAUGAGAAUGGGGCCUCGACAAAGAGGAUUUUGAGGUCCAACUCCAUGAAAAUGCAUGUGGAUGCUGAGACAGCGGGGGGUGUGGCUUUGGAUGUUUGCAAGGGUGACAUUUUGGAGAAGAAACAGUGUGAUAUCAUAGCAGAGGGUGAUAGAGGAGGGGUGCUGACAGUUGAUACUUGCAAUGCUGAGGAAGAUGGGGAAGUGACUGGUGCGGUAGUGAGCGAUGCUGUGGUUGAGGCAGUUAGGUGUUCCGCAAAUAAUGUGGAAAGUUUGGGUCUUGCUGAGGUUGAAAUUGCUGAAGGGAAUGGGUUGGACGCUGACAUUCAGGAAUCUGAUGGUGAGAUGGAUAAGGCAGAUGACAAACUGUCUACACCUUCUGAGGAGCAGAAUGAAUCUGGAGGUGGAACAAGUGUUGGGGGCAUCAAUGACUCCCAGGAAAACAAGGGGGUUAAUGGGCUUUGCCAGGGAGAGGUCAUAGACCCAUUGGCUACAGCAAAUGGAGAUGAAUUGAGCAUGGGUUUAAGCAGAAGCGCAAGUGGACGAGAAUCUAUUGAGCAAGAGGAUACCGUUAUGUGCGCUAGUGAUGAUCAGAAAGUUGAGAACCAUUGCCAGUUUGACGAUAAGCAUAAAGAAGCUGAAAUUUCUCAGAUUGAGCUCGCAGUUGAUAACCACAUUAUGCUAACUGAUUGCACUAACCAAAAGAAGGGGAUCGACAGUCCUGUGAAUGAAACCAAGGGGGAUUCAACUCCUGACAUUGUUUUUAUAAGGAGAAAAUCAAUAACUAGAAAAACAUGUGAAGCGAAGCAGGUGAAAUCUGAAGAUGAGGUUCGAUUUGAGAAGCGAGUUACAAGGUCUGCUACUGUUAGACAGAGAGAGGUUUCUGCUAGCAUGUGCGUAGGUGCUACAAACGAUGCUAACUUGGAAAGCAAAGAAAGGAAGGAAGAUGUUCAUCAUUAUACAAGGAAAGUGGGCAGCACCGUGCGCUCAAAAGUUCAUCACACAGGGGUGGCAGAAUGCGACACUGAUACAAAGAAGAAACUAAAAGGAACUGUUACCACUCGAAGAAACUCAGAUGCCAUUGCUAAUGAUGAUCCUCCAAGUAUCACGCAGAACAAGGAAUCAAAAACUCAGAUGAAGAUCGAUAUCAAGUCUCAACCACUCACAAGAAGGGGCAGCAUAGUAAAUAAAACAGAAGACGCAGUUUCUGGGUUAGACCAGAAUAUCUGUAGUUCAGCCAUCACUGAUAAAAAUGAUAUAGAGCUCACAGAUUCUGAAGGAGUUAAAUCUGAGAACAAGGCCGCUGUGAGGAAGUCAAUAUUAUCAGUUGGCGCUAAGAUUGUUGCCAGUAAGAAGAGGAUAUUGGAAUCAGGACUUGAUAAAGCUAGUGGAGAGUCACCAGUUGCAAUACCAUCCCUAAAGAAGGCAAGAGAUACAUCCUCAGACACUGAGCUAGAGCAACCAAAAAUGUCUUCUGGAAAGAAACUUACCAGAAAUAACUGUGGCUCAAGUAAGAAAGGUAUGUCGACAAGACGGCAACAUCAGAGUCAAACAGCUAAGUUGAGUACAUCUGUGAAUUGCUCCAAUAAAAACGAAUCUAAGCUAUCACAGAAUGAAUCCGAUGAUGAUGGAACUGGCAGUGAUACUUCCUUGAAGAACACUUGUGUAAGACGUACUCGAAGUGGUGGUGUUGUCCCCAAAAAACAAGAGGAUUCUAGUGAAUCUGAGGAACCGAUCAUACUGAGAAAAAAUCAUCAAAGAGGAAAAUAUUCUGGGAAAAGGGCUGGAUCUACACCAAGGAAAGUUAAAGCUCCCAAAGGCAAUAGAAAGGAAGUCAAGGCUUCCAGUUUGAAAUCUUCGGGUCCAAGUGAGCAGAUAAAUACAGGAAGUCUUCGUGAAGAAAAACAAAAAAUAAGUGAUCAUAUCAAGGGCAUGCUUCUAGAUGCUGGUUGGACGAUUGAUCUGAGACCCAGGAAUGGCAGAAAUUACUUGGAUUCUGUGUAUAUACCUCCUAGUGGUAAAGGAUCUUACUGGUCUGUCACAAAAGCUUAUGCUGUGUUCCUUGAAGGUAUGGAAUCUGAGAAGAAGGGCAGAGCUAAAGAUCAGCGACCCUCAAAGAAAUCUGUAGGUAGCCCUGGGAAAAGUCAUGUUUCAGAGGAAAUCCUUAGCAAAUUAAAAAGAAUAGUCGUUAAUAAACGAAGAACCAAAGUAGAACUUCAGAAGUUGAAAAAGAGGAAACAUGGUUUACUGAAAAAGCAGAAAACUUCCAAGCGCAACUCAAGGGGUUCCAAAAAUAAAAUUUCAAAUUCUAGAAAGUUGCAUUUAGGCAGCGAAAGAAAAAAGCGAGGUGGUUGUGCUCUACUUGCUCGUGGAUCAAAUAAGGAUGGUGGAAGCAGCACUAACGGUUUUGUUCCAUAUGAAUGGAAACGUACAGUUUUAUCCUGGUUGAUUGAUCUUGAUAUUAUUGAUAUCAAUGCAAAACUGAAAUGUGUGGAUGAAACCCACUCAAAAGUUUUACUGGAAGGUGUAACCACUAGGGAUGGAAUUAACUGCAGAUGCUGCAGCAAGGUCUUUACAGUACUUGAAUUUGUGGCUCACGCUGGCGGGCCAGUCAGCAAACCUUAUAGAAAUGUUCUUGUAGAUGGGCUGGACACUGACCUUUUGCAUUGUCUCAUUAAUGCAUGGGAUAAGCAGUCUGAUUCUGAAAGGCAGGCCUUUUUCCCUAUUAGCACUGAGACUGAUGACCCCAAUGAUGACACAUGUGGUAUUUGUGGUGAUGGAGGCAAUUUGAUCUGCUGUGAUGGAUGUCCCUCAACAUUCCACAUGAGUUGUCUAGAACUUGAGGCUCUUCCAUCUGAUGAUUGGCGUUGUGCUAAGUGCUCCUGUAAAUUUUGUCAGGAACAUUCAAGGCAGGAUGCUCAAGACAUUGCUGAGGUUGACUCUUCACUCUGUACUUGUUCCCAGUGCGAAGAAAAAUAUCACCCAGGUUGCUCUCCUGAGACUACUAACACAUCCAAUGUCUCCAGUCAGGCAUGCGAUUUAUUCUGCCAACAAAGUUGCAGACUGCUGUUUGAGGGAUUGCGUAAUCUUCUUGCUGUGAAGAAGGAUCUUGAACCAGAAUUUUCAUGCAGAAUUAUUCAGCGUAUUCAUGAAAAUGUACCAGAAACAGUUGUUGCUUUGGAUGAGAGGGUUGAGUGUAACUCCAAGAUUGCAGUUGCUCUUUCGUUAAUGGAUGAGUGCUUUCUUCCGAUUGUUGACCAAAGAACUGGCAUCAACUUGAUACGUAAUGUUGUGUACAACUGUGGGUCAAAUUUUGUUCGGAUGGACUUCCAUGGGUUUUAUAUCUUUGUUUUGGAACGUGGAGAUGAAAUAAUAGCCGCAGCAUCGGUCAGAAUACAUGGAACCAAGUUAGCAGAGAUGCCAUUCAUUGGUACUCGGAAUAUGUAUCGGCGUCAAGGGAUGUGCCGCAGACUGCUAGAUGGAAUUGAAAUGAUCCUCAGCUCCCUCAAUGUUGAGAAGUUGAUAAUUCCAGCUAUCGCUGAACUUGUGGACACCUGGACAUCUAAAUUUGGAUUUAGUUCACUUGAUGUUUCUGAAAAGCAAGAAGUCAAGUCUACCAGCAUGUUAGUUUUUCCUGGAACAGGUCUUCUUCAAAAGCCAUUGCUAAAGAAAACUUCACCUGGGGAAAAUUCAAGCUCUCAAGAAGUUGAUGGUGUUUUCUCUGAGCUCGAGUCUGGGAAAACUUCCAAUGUGGCCAAUGAAGACUCUCUUUGUUCUGCAAAUGCUGAGACUCAAGGUUCGGCUGCCCCAUGUUAUGGGGACAACAGCAAAGAUGCUAGUGCUUGCAAUGAUUGACAUGCUUCCUUUGCAUUAUUUUGUCCCUGUCAAAAGGUGCACCCUGGUAGUUUCAAGCAUUGACAGAUACUAUUGAGGACAUGAAGCACACCGAUCCUUCAUUGUUACUAUUAUUCUCUUUUGACUCGGCAUGCGGUUCGUCGGUUGGCAGAAGUAGCCUGGAUAGAGAGGGCGAGUUUUUGAAGAUCCCUUGCAGAGCAGCAGCACCUCGGUUCUGCUCAAUAUUGAUGAUUCAAUUGACUCUUUGGUUUCGGUUUGACUUGAAACCAGCCUGUGCAGUGUUGGACUCCGAUCACCUAACUUUAAGUGGUUUACCUUUACCUGUAAAGUCAGCAUGUAGAACUGAGAUGAUAGUUUUAUUCCGUGUUUUUUUUUUCUGGAUGGUUAACUUAGUACCAAAGGCCAACGUGUGCCGCAAAAUCUUCGUACAUGUUUCUUUACCUGCUAUGUGACAGUAGCUUUGUUUUUGCUAGCCCAUUUUUUUGCAGCCAGAUCUCAUCUGUAAGACACUAAUGCAUGGGCAAGCAGAAAAAAAAUCUCAGAUAUGCCACCUGUUCUCAUGUUGGAAGUAAAUCUGAUAAUGUUAUGGCAUC